UCUGCACUUCUGCAGAAGAAGGACAGUGGCCGACAUGGAGCAGGGGAAGGGUCCGGCUGGCCUUAUCCUGGCUGUCAUUCUUCUUCAAGAGAAGCAGUGUGCCACGGGAGAAAGGUGGCCCUCGUCUCUAAGAACUCAAAACAGUGGACUUAACUGGCUAGACAGAGGACCCUGCUGCCGCCGCCAUCUUAGGUCUGAACACAGCCCCAAAGGGCAGAGACCAGGAAAUGGAAAUGAAGAGGUACGUGCUCCCCAAUUCAGAGCUGGAGCCAGCAGUACCCCCAUGGAGCAGGCACUGAUGCAAUUGCCAUUUACUCAACUGGUCAACAAAUAAAGGUACUAUGGCUCAGACGAAACAAGGAAACAACUGGGUAAAAGUGAAUGACAAUCGAGAAGACGGUUCUGUCCUUCUGACUUGUGAUUUGCAAGAUAAAGAUAUCAUAUGGUUUAAAGAUGGGAAGAAUAUAAGCUCCUUAAGCAUCAAUAAAAAUACAUGGAAUCUGGGCAGUAGUACCAAAGACCCUCGAGGGAUGUAUCAGUGUCAAGGAGCAAAGGAAAUUUCGCAGCCACUCCAGGUGUAUUACAGAAUGUGUCAGAACUGCAUCGAGCUAAACGCGGCCACCGUAUCAGGCUUUGUCUUCGCUGAAAUCAUUAGCAUUUUCUUCCUUGCUGUUGGGGUCUACCUCAUUGCCAGACAGGAUGAAGCUCACCAAUCAAGAGCUUCGGACAAGCAGACUCUACUGCCCAAUGAGCAGCUCUACCAGCCUCUCAAGGAUCGGGAAAAUGACCAGUAUAGCCACCUGCCAGGAAACCAAAUGAGGAAGAACUGAGCUCAGGACUCAAAGUAGUUCAUUUACCUAUUUCUUCCAUGAAAGAGAGGACAAAGAAACAGGAGGGUCCCCAUUCUGCGAGCCACUUCGUUUCAGCUGGACUAGAUCACAGGAACAUGUGUGCACACCUGGCGUGCUCAGGAAGGUCCCAGGACAUGAGUCCAGGACUCUUCACACGUAGGUCCCGUUGCCUGUUACCCCAUGUCUGGCCCCAAUGGUGUCUUCCAAUGUGCAAAUGUUUUUCAUUUUGAUAGUUUAUUUUAUUAAUUUUUUUCUUUUAUAUAUUGUGCUUUGGCUGUUACAUCCAAGAAAUCUUUACCAAACCCACAAAGAUUUUCUCCUAUGCCUUCUCUGUAUCGCUUUUAGAAUUCUAUAGUUUUUGCUCCAACAAUAAAUGUCAUUUUGAACAUGUUUAACUAUUUGUAACAAAUACAAACAAAUAGAAUUGUUGGGCCACAAUGUAUUUGCAUGUGUAAUUUUAUUAAAGAUUGCCAAUCUGCACUUCACAGAGGUUGUGUUAAUAUAUAUGGUCAACAACAAUAAACAAGCGCCUGCUAUUCCGUACAUGUCUUAACGGUAUAUUGUUAAAUUCUUAAACCAUGCCAGCCUGAUAAGUUAACACUAGAAUAGCAUCACAGUGUGGUUUUAAUUUACAGUCUUCGUAUUAUAAAUUGGAGAGAACCACUUGUUUCACCUUCUCAUGAAAUAUUAGCUCACAAGGAGACCGGAGAAGGGAUAGUAGCAUGGCCAUCCCUCCUAGAGGGUGAUCUCUCACUUUUCCUCCUUCUCUCUCUGUCACUUUCUGGCAAGUGCACGCACCCUAUAUCAAAACCUGAAAGAAAAGCUCACGAACUUUGGCCUUUUCUAACUGACUUGCACUAGCCCCUUACACAUUUGAGAAACUAGAUCUUUCAUGAUAUUAGUUACAAGUAGUUCUCUAAUUUUGUUAUAUGCU